GGUGUUGGACGUCGGACGUUUCUUGUCAUCAAGGUCGAGAGCACUUUCAGCCACCAACCCGGAUAGGAAAUCUCUACCGAUACUCGAGACAUAUACCGCCCAAUAAUACAACAGAUAUCCCCAUAUACAUAGAUACGGCCAUGACAACAGACGCCACUAGCGGUACCAGCCCUACCAACUCCUCGGGUCUCGUCUUGUACGACAUCGCCUUCGCACCGCCCUACGAGGAAAACACCUGUGCCCCGAACCCCUGGAAGGCACGAUACGCCCUCAACUUCAAGGGCGUCCCCUAUACGACACAAUGGAUCCAAAUGCCUGACAUCACCACCGUCCGACGCAGCCUGGGCCUGCCAGCGUGCCGCAAAUUCGCAGACGGCACCGACUUCUACACCCUCCCCGCCCUGACCGACUCCACCACCGGGUCCGCUAUCGGCGACUCCUUCGACAUCGCCAACCACCUACAAAUCACCUUCCCGGACGCAGGCGCCGGCGACCUCUUCCCGCCGCAGAACCUCGGCUUCGAGUUCCACGGGACCAUCGCCAUCCCGCUCUCCGAGCGCGACGACGACGACCUCCACGCGGACUACGCCCGCUUCAACGCCAACGUCGACAUGGCCUUCACCAUGCACGCCCAGCUCAUGGCGCACGGGAUGCGCUGGGACCCGGCGUACGAGGACCGGAUCAAGGCGGAGUUCAUGCGGAGGACCGGGGCGCAGUCUUGGGACGACUUGGCCAUCGCCGGCGAGGCGCGGGACAAGCUAAAAGUCUCCCUGCGGGACGCCCUGCGUGACUUGGCCGCUAUGUUUCAGCGGGAUGCGACGGGCCCGUUCUUGCUGGGGGGCCGGCCUUCCUAUGCGGACGUUAUUGUCGGCGGGUGGUUGCGCAUGAUGAGCAAGACGUUGCCGGAGAGCGAGUGGGAGGAGGUUCGGACGUGGCAUGCUGGUGUUUUUGGACAGUUGCACGCCGCGUUACGAGAGCGCUUUGGUGGCUUGGUCGGUCUGGAGGAUUUUCCGUCCUUCCGUAUCGUCAAUCCCGCCUCUGUUUACCUAUUCCGCGUACGUUAUAUGCUGACGGUGGUCUAUGAAUGUGGAGGCGGCCUGCGGAAGAAGCCCAGCAUAUCUUUCCAAGUCUCGCUCAUCUGGUUUCUCGUCUCCCUUUUCUGGGCAACGCAAUAA